CAAAUCAUUGUUGCAAUGAGCGCCAUGAGACGUUGUACUUGUUUCAUUAUCUGCCUAUUAACUUCCUAUACUUAUGGUACUACAGAACUUGUCGAGUACACGAGAGGAGACAUUGAGUUUGAUAGUUCAAAUGGUGAAAAAAUAAUAGACAUUAGUACAACAAAGGGAAUUCGAUGUGAGUGGAAAGUGUCUUCCGACUACUAUACUGCUUGUUUCAAAUGGAAAUUUAUUUGGGAUCAGGUUGACAAAUAUGAAGUUGCCGGCUUCUCCGGGCAGAUUACCGUCAACUAUACAACUGACUCAGAAGGACAGAAAACUAGGACUGUUAAAGUUAACCUUACUGAUCCGGGCGGCGAGAUUUGGUACAAUGUGUCACGUUCAAGAUAUCUUUCAACUUAUUAUGCAUCUUACAACUACACAUUAGAGCCUCAAAAGAGACAUAUGGAGGCGAUGGAACUUGAUAAAUAUUUCGCUCCGGUGGACGAUCGAGAUGCAGUUUUGAUUGUUGAGGGUAAAAAGCUGCACGUCAGUAGUUGUUUCCUCUCCUUCCAUUCCACCUACUUCCACGAUCUUUUCGAAUACGACAACAGCACAAGCCUCCUGAAUAUUGAAAUUCCUGUUGAAGGAGUUUCCUAUGAAGACUUGGGCCUCUUGCUCAGCGUUGUGCACUCGACGGCGACUUUUCCAAAUGAUGGGAAUUCUAAGAAACUUCUGGAACUAGCUUCUCAAUUCCAAACGCCAUACGUGUUGGGUCUUGUGGAAAACCAUCUUCUUACAAAUACGUUUGCUUGGAAUGAAACUUUAAUGUUACUGGCCGACAAGUACGGGUUGAUGAGGCUUCUGGGAAAGUCUAUACGACGAAUUGACUCUAUCGAAAAAGCAAGGCAAUUGAAGGAUUCGGUUUUCUUGGAGCUUUCUGAUAGUGCAAAGGUUAAGGUCGCUUAUCAUAUGAUACAAUUGUUGUGAAAAUGAAGUUUUUAAAAUUUAUCAAAAAAUGAAUUAAAUUAAACCCAUGCAUUCUUAAGCUGAAUAAAAUAAAGUUCGGUCUCCGGUACUUGAGAGACUUUU